GUGGCGGCAGGUCGGUACGCUAGACAGUAGACACACACACACACACACACACCUCUGCAGCACAUACCUGCUGACUCCCUCCCGCCCUGGUGUGUCUUGGCGGCUGAGAUCAGGGAGCGAGGAGUGCCAGGGACCUGCAGGAGUCUUGUGGCGGGGUUGAAGGACAGCUCCAGGCACCGCAGAAGAUUGCCAAAGAAUGUUAUAGUGGUAGCAGCAGCAGGCAACAAAAAGACAGACAAGAUGAUGCAAUUUAUGCUACUGUUCAGCCGUCAAGGCAAGCUGCGCCUCCAGAAGUGGUACGAGGCUCACCCAGACAAGCUGAAGAAGAAGAUUACGCGAGAGUUGAUCUCCACCAUUCUAGCCAGGAAGCCAAAGAUGUCCUCCUUCCUAGAGUGGAGGGACCUCAAGAUUGUGUACAAGAGGUAUGCGUCGCUGUACUUCUGCUGUGCCAUUGAGCAGCAGGACAACGAGCUGCUGACUCUGGAAGUGAUCCACCGCUACGUGGAGCUGCUUGACAAGUAUUUUGGCAGUGUUUGUGAACUUGACAUCAUCUUCAACUUUGAAAAGGCGUACUUCAUGCUGGAUGAGCUCAUGGUGGGCGGGGAGGUGUGCGAGACCAGCAAGAAGAAUGUGCUCAAGGCCAUAGCCGCCCAGGACCUUCUGCAGGAGGAUGAGGCAGUGGAGGGGGCGCUGCGUGAGAUUGGCCUGUACUAACGUGUGCAGCCGCAUCAGUUACCCUCCCUCCCCUCUGCUCCCUUCCUCCUCCCUUGUUUGUGUGCCGAGGUGUCCCAUAGCACUGACAGGAAAUUGUGAUCAGAUAUUCCCGCAUAAACCCUCACUGUGAUGGUGCCGCGCGUUGAGCUAGCAGUCAGGCAGGCAGUGUACAUCUGUUGUUUGUGUUAGCAUGCAGUCAGACUUGGCCAAAGAGCAACAGAGAGAGAGAGGAAAAGGUUGACUCUACUAACUGGAGGGUAAAAGCUACCGUAAUACAAACACUUCCUUACUUGUAUGGUCCUAGAAUUACAGAACAGUCUUCUAACAAGGACGUGUGAACCUUCAGGAGCGGCAGAACACUGAGAGAAAGAAAUGAGUGUUUCUAUUCAGGCUAGCUUUAGGCAUUAGUGUGACUCCAGUGGCCAAGGCAGGAUGCUGUUGUGUCCUGUGUUGUGUGUAUUCUUGAUAUCUUCCAAGAUGUUCAGCCACACACGAGCGUCACCUCAGUGCAGGCGGCCGCUCAGCCCUUUUGUAACACGCCUCUGCUUGCCUAUUGUGGGUUGUGUCAACUGUUGGUGCUGGAGCCAAAACAUCUGUAUUAUACCUUGAAAAGUUUUUACAUUGUGACAUGUCUGAGGACUGGUUAAGGGAGAGAAGAGUAUACCCAAAGUUCAGGGUCUUUUGGGGACAUCAACGUCACUCAAUGCAGAAACCAGUCAUUUCAGGAGCUUCCUCAAGGACUUUUAUCCUGCAGUAUUUUCAGUGGUCCUUUUAUAAGGCUUUUCAUCAUUACCUGAUUCAAAAAAAAUUUGUUUGCUCUGUUCAUGUGCAGUGCAGGUGUCUUUUUGGACCGUGAGUUUUGGGUACAGGUCCUCAUCCAAAUGUACUACCCACACCCAGGGCCGGUUUUAGCCACAAACAAUACAGGGAACUGCUUGGACACAGAAUCUCAAAUAUUCCCUGUAAAAUUCAUGUUGAUAUUUGAUAUGUAAAUACGUGAGGGGUGACAUUCAACCCCCAAACCAUGAACCCAUUUUGAGUUCCCCCAAGACUAGAACCGGCACUGAGCCCACCCUUGCCUUUCCAACAAUAUGUAUGUCUACUGUAUCAAGUGUUGUACCCAUCACAGGGACAGGACCAUGGAAGCUUACUAACCCAUGCUCUAGUGGUUACCAAGAGGCUGUUCUGUAGGAGGGUUGUGUUGAAAGGCUGUGUAAAGGGAAACAUCUGCCACUGGAAUGUACUGUAGUUGAUGCUUCUUAUGCUGUGUCUACCUUGUGGGUGCUUAGACAGGCAGGUGACUUGGACCAGUGGGGUUGUGGUGAGCGGUAUCCUUGCUUACGUAGCUUGACCAUCAUUUUGUGGGGCAUUCUCUGUGGUCAUUUUUUUCAUCACUAAUUCAUAAAUACAUGCAUGCACACACAUUUACACACACACACAUUUACACACACACACACACACACACACACACACACACAUGCAUAGAAUAUAAAUACUUGGAAUGAAUUAAAAGAAAAAAUGGUGGAGGUAGAGUGUGUGUCAAUUUAGGGAAAACUGAACACACACACACACACACACACACACACACACACUCUACACACACAUCUCACACCCAUUACAAUUCAUCUUUACUGGAUACCGAUGAUAUUUUUGAUGCUUUAAUCCACUAUGAUAUUUUUGAUGCUUUAAUCCACUAAGUCUUUUUACAUGAAUGAAAUCCAUAAUGCGUAUACCCUUCAAAAGCUGGAAUGUGUAUUAUUCAGCGGUUACUCUUUGUGACAAUACAAUGUGCUAAAUUUUUAUGAAUGUUUUGUAUAAAGUAAAGUUUGGGGCAUAGGGUAUAGCUAGGUAGGGCAGGAGAUAUUUCCCAGUGCAUUACAAGAGGUAGAGGAAGUGUAGCUAGACUUAUUAUUACAAAAGUAACGGAGAAAUGAUCUUACGAAGCUAAUGAAUGUGGAAAUGAGAGAGAAGGCAAUACAAUGUGCUCAAUUUUUUUGGGUGGUGGGUAUGGUAUGGUAUGUUCAUUACGAGAGAUAGAGGUGGACUUAUUAUUACAAAGGUAGCCGGGAAAUGAUCUUACGAACCUGAUGAAUGUGGGAGUGAGAGAGAAGGCAAUACAAUGUGCUAAAUUUUUAUGGGUGGUGGGUAUGGUAUGGUAUGAGAUAUUUCCAUGUGCAUUAUGAGAGAUAGAGGUGGACUUAUUAUUACAAAGGUAGCCGGGAAAUGAUCUUACGAAGCUAAUGAAUGUGGGAAUGAGAGAGAAGGCAAUACAAUGUGCUAAAUUUGAGGGUAUGAGAUAAUUCCAUGUUUAUUACUAGAGGUAGAGGAAGUAUAGGUAGACUUAUUAUUACAAAGGUAGUCGGGAUAUGAUUUUACGAAGCUAAUGAAUGUGGGAAUGAGAGAGAAGGCAAUACAGUGUGCUAAAUUUGAGGGUAUGAGAUAAUUCCAUGUUUAUUACUAGAGGUAGAGGAAGUAUAGAUAGACUUAUUAUUACAAAGGUAGCCGGGAAAUGAUCUUACGAACCUAAUGAAUGUGGGAAUGAGAGAGAAGGCAAUACAAUGUGCUAAAUUUGGGGGUAUGAGAUAAUUCCAUGUUUAUUACUAGAGGUAGAGGAAGUAUAGAUAGACUUAUUAUUACAAAGGUAGCCGGGAUAUGAUCUUAUGAAGCUAAUGAAUGUGGGAAUGAGAGAGAAGGCAAUACAGUGUGCUAAAUUUUUAUGGGUGCUGGGUAGGAUAUGAGAUAUUUCCCUGUGCAUUGCAAGAGAUAGAGACAAUAUAGGUGGACUUAUUAUUACAAAGGUAUUCGGGAAAUUAUAUUAUGGAGCUAAUGAAUGUGGGAGUGAGAGAGAAGGCAAUACAGUGUGCUAAAUUUUUAUGCAUGCUGGGUAGGGUAUGAGAUAUUUCCCUGUGCAUUGCAAGAGAUAGAGACAGUUUGGAUAGCCUUAUUAUCACAAAGGUAGCCGAGAAAUGCAACAGUUAAAUAUUUAUGAGUAUUGGGUAGGGUAUGAGAUAUUUCCCUGUGCAUUGCAAGAGAAAGAGACAGUUUGGAUAGACUUAUUAUCACAAAGGUAGCCGAGAAAUGCAACAGUUACUCUUCAUGGCAAUACAAUGUGUUAAAUUUUUAUGAGUGUUCUGUAUAAAGUAAAGUUUGCAGCAUACAGUAUAGCUGGGCAUGGAAGAAGAUAUUUUCAUGUUCAUUGUAAGAGAUCAACAGGCAUGUAAUUUUGGCAGAUGUUGGGGGGAGUAGAGGGCAUCAUAGGUUCAUGAGGUGUUGUGGCAAGCGAAGCGGGCAUGUGCAGGUACAGGAUAUAGAAAACACUGGGAAGGCUAUAUUGCUGUAUUUCAAGACACCAUCGCUUCUCUCAUCAACUAUUUCUAAAGGUCAAAAAGGGGAUCAAUCGGGUUUUCAUGAGUGUUUUUAAGGUUCAUGGCACAGAAGAAGGGUCACACUACCACCAGGGUCAAAAAACUACCCCUAGAAAGGGCUACAGCUCCUACGAAAGCCAUGUCAUAUGGGUGAACUUGGGCGGCGAAAUGUUUUAAAAUACGACCCAUAGCCCCCUCAGAAAUUACUGCCCUGGAUCAAGGAAGUUUAGGUUGACCUAUUAUAACACUGGUAGCCAAGAAAUGAUCAGUGAAUUGGAGCUUUUGAAUUUGGGAAGGAGGGAGUCCUGACUGAUGGGCUGGGAUGGGAUUUUUUUUUUUCCAUGAUGCUCAAAGGAGGGAAAAACAAGAGCUUGCUACUCACGUCUCCUGUGAAAUAACAUAGACUUGAGUGGCCAGAAGAGAGAGUGGGUCCAUGAAAAUAGGGGAAACUAUUAUUAUUAUUAUUAUUAUUAUUAUUAUUAUUAUUAUUAUUAUUAUUAUUUCUAUGGGGUGAAGGAAAGGUUGGAAUGGCUGCCAGUUAAGCAUUUCAAAGUACAAUGAGUUAUUUCUUGAAGUUAAGUCUGUAGGGUCAGUAUCAUUGUUGUAUAAGACUGUAUAGUGUUCAGUAGGUGUGUGUGUGUGUGUGUAUUACUUUACUUACCAUUCACAAAGUACCGAUCACUUCACAAUAAAACAUCAACCUUCCUUUCAACACAUCAGCAAAUUAAAAACCACGCAUUCAGCAAGAAGACUUCAACUCCAGAACUGUUACAAUUGUGCCCAGCCUCUACAAUUGGGUGCUAUUUAAAUACUUGCUUCACCUUAUUGCCAUUUAUCUCACUCUUGUGGUACUCCUUCAAAGAACGUCGUGUGUCAUUCACCACGAUAUGAUCACGAGCUGAACUUUCAAUUGCCACCCACUACCCUCCCUGAGUAGACAUUGUAGUUCAAGUGACUGAUAUCUGGGUAUGGCUCGCAAAUCAAAGUGUCUGCUAAGAAUCUUAACCCCCAAAGGAUGGCCAGCGUGAUUGGGCGGAGAAAGGCAGCAAGGCGGGGUGCAGGAAUUCCCGUCACACACUUUCCCACCGAAAUAUGUACUUCCCAACAACGAUGCCAGCUUGUCUUACUCAGCCUCAUAUGUUUGCCGAUUUCCGACCCCUAAACUGUGUCCUCCACCCUAAUAACUGACUCCAUAUAUAAUUAACAUUAAAAUGGUUAAUUAUUGGUGCUUCUUGGCAAUAGUUAUGGGUCAGAAACUGGUAAAUACAAUGCUCUGAAUAGGACAAUCUGGUAUCUGUGCUUCCCAAUGUCAUAUCUCCGCCGUGCUGCAACCGAGGGAUUUCUAGUUGACAGUGUAAAAGCACGAUGAACUAUUGUGUUUUGUCUGAAAUGGCUACACAGGGCAUUGCUGAAGAACACCUGUUUCAACAAAUUUUAGCAACGUGGCGCACCCUCCGUGAGCAGAAAAUCACCCUCUAGCCCUUCCUUUAGGGGUUAAGAAUGCUGAUCAUGCCUUUCAAUGUUUUAAUCUCAAAGGUGAUGGAAUACCCUUGUUGUUUGGGUUUGUCUUGCUUACUCAGUGUGUGUGUGUGUGUGUGUGUGUGUGUGUAUACCUACCUUGCCUCAUCUUGCCUAUACACAGCUUUCUAAAGGUGGGAUUCAAACUCACACUGUUCACUUUACAACUAUUUAUUUUUUUGCAGUGAGGGAGGCAGUUCAAGGGCAAAACAAAAGACAAAAAAUGUCCACUACACUUACACUUCACUUUUGGCACAGCUACAUUUGGUGAAGCAUUCCGCUCUUCAGUCAGUGUUCACUUUAGAGAUCGGAAUAUUCUUACAUCUUCAUCAGUUCUUGUGUCCUGAUGUUAACUUCCCAUUGGUGAUAUUUUUUUCUCACCUCCCAAUCACACAUUUCUGAGAGCAUAAUAUAUUUCCUCUACUCCUUCCUUCAGUAAAGUAUCCUAUUCUUCAGUCUGUGUUCCGUUGAGAGAUCGGAAUAUUCUUACAUCUUUAUCAGUUCUUGUUGUGUCCUUUCCAUGGGUGAUAUUUCUUUUAUUUUCACCUCCUAGUCACACAUUUCUAGAGCAUAAUAAUGUUUCCUUCCUUCUAAUCUUCCAUAUAUUCUUUUCUCCUUUUCAUUCUUCCUUCAUUUCUUCUUCCUCUUUCAUCCUUUCUUCCUUUUUCUUUCCUUUCGUCUUUCUUUUCCUUCCUUUCUGUUUUCCUCUUUCCUCCUUUCUCUUCCUCUCCUCUUUCCUCUUCCUUCCAUCCUUCCUCCUCUUCCCCUCCAUCCUUCUUCCCUCUUUUUUCUCAUCUUAUCUCCUUUUUCCCUCUCCUCUAACUAUCACUAGGCUCAUAAAAUUACCCAAGGAAAUACUAACACAACCUCUCCGAAAGUCUUAUUAAAUGUGUGUGUGUAUGUGUUUGGGUCCCGUAAAGCUUUGAGAAUAUGGAGUGUAAUCUUUUCCCAUCGCAUUUUAAGUUUAUUACACAUCAGAAGCCUUGUCAGACUAUCACUAGGCUCAUAAAAUUACCCAUGGAAAUACUACCAACACAACCUCUACUAAAGCCUGAACAUAUAUGAGUGUGGGCCCCAAAAUCUUUCCUAUAGCAAUGUGCCCACCUCUAAUUCAACAUCUAACCAUCACUAGGCUCAUAAAACAACCCCCCCAUGGAAAUACUAACACAAGGAAAUUCAAUGUGGGUGUGUGAGUUUGGAAAGGUUGAGAAUAUGGACUAUAAUUUUUUCCCAUUGCAAAGCGUCAACCUCUAAUUCGUGGUCUCUCUUUCUUCCCCCGACUCCCGUGUAGACUGAGGCAAUGGACAUGGCGGCUUAUUAUGCUGGUUACAAUAUUUUAGUGCUUUGAGGCCACUUCUUAGCAGCACACACCCAGCACCGGCACUGGCACCCGGCACUGUGCAUGAGGCUGAGUGUGGCACGCUAGGCUCACUGAGGCCCUUCUGCACUUUGUUGUAACAGCGAAGAGUGUGUGUGUGUGUGUGUGUGUGUGUGUGUCAGGUGCAGAAUUAUCUGUAUGGAAUGAUGUCAUGUUCUCUAAAAGACUCAUCACAUUGCAAAAGAAAAAAAAAAACAGGAAAAGAUCAUAUUUCUAAGUACCACAGACUUUACUGAGGAAAGGAAAUGUCAUCUAAACACUUAUAUACUCAAAUAACUAAGUGCAAACCUAUGACAAGGGUGUAUUUGUAGGCCUAAGGAUACAGUCUUUGCUUUGGUGAUUUGGGUGAGGUCACACUUAAUACCAUACUGCUUGACCUGGUAGCUGCGGGGAUCAUGUUUUCUUAAAGGCUCCUCUAAGCGAACUAAUGAGAAAAAAUCAUCACUCACGCAAAUCAUUAUAUAUCAAUGCAUUUUUGAUCAGUUUAUGCAUCCUCUAUUUUGGAGGGGUUAAAUCAAGCCUAAAAUUUGGCCCGUUGCUGGUAUGGGUAAAGCCACAAAUUUGGCUCAUCGCUGCUACCAGGUUAAAAGCCUUGUGGUUGUAUUGUAUGAGAGAGCAUUGCCGCCCGGACUUAUAAAACCUGUAAAUCCACAUCACUCUGUGCUUCACGCUGCUCUUCUCUUCCACAAACUCAACUCUACACCAUGAAGCUUUGCCGGCACCCAUUGCCACAACAACACGUGAUGUAUUGUAUGAGUGGGAGGGAGCAUUGCUGCCAGGACUUAUAAAACCUGUAAUUCUGCAUCAUUCUCUGUGCUUCCACAAACUCAACUCUACACCGUGAAGCUUUGCCAGCACCCAUUGCCACAAUAACGCGUGAUAGUUUUGUAUGAGUGGGAGGGGUCAUUGCCGCCAGGACUUAUAAAACCUGUAAUUCUGCAUCAUUCUCUGUGCUUCCACAAACUCAACUCUACACCGUGAAGCUUUGCCGGCACCCUUGGCCACGACAACGUGCGAUAGUAUUGUAUGAGUGGGAGGGGUCAUUGCCGCCAGGACUUAUAAAAACCUGUAGGUUGACAUCAUUCUCUGUGCUUCACGCUGCUCUGCUUUUCCACAAACUCAGCUCUACGCCGUGAAGCUUUGCCGGCACCCUUAGCCACAACAACACGCGAUAGAGACGCUUCAGAAAUGCUUAUCUUGAGCACUAUACACACACAAGUUUGUCCCACACCAUAACCUUGGGCAGUAGGUCUCAGGGAGUGUUAACACCAGCUUUCUUUUAAUAGGGUCAGUCAGUAGUGUUGAGGCUUUACCUUAAAUUGGAUUACUAAAACACUUUGGUAAUGGGCCACUGGUUUUUUGCUUUGUUUGGCUUCGUUGUCCAGAGACACACGGAUUAGAAUUUGAAACUCUUAUUUAUUUAGUGUGAUAAAUUGAUAACUUCCAGGAGUAGUAUCUCAUGUUUGAAGCAUAUAUAGUACAGUUUAAAUAGUUCGUACUCAGAAACACACACACACACACACACACUCACACACACACUCACACAUUCACACACAGACACAUACACACACACACACACACACACACACAUAUAUGGAUUAGUAAGGUGUGACAAUGAAAUGAAAUAAAAGACAAGUUGAUUUUAAGAGGCUGAGUUAUGACAAAGGUAGGAGCUAGGUUAUAUCAGUUAGCUAGCUAGGUUAUAACAGAGGUAGGCUAGGUUAUAACAGAGCUAGCUAGGUUGAUUAUAACAGUGGAAGCAACUAGGUUAAAAAAGUGAGCUUGGUUGUAACAGGUCUGGCUAGGUUAUAACAGAACUAGCUAGGUUGGUAUUAAGAGACAGAAGGUAGGUUAUAACGCAGGUAUUAGUUAGGUUGGUUGUAUCAUAGUGAGGCUCUUCAUCACCCCAGGAGUGAGCAAGUUUAUUAAUAUGUUAUCUCCCCUUUUCCUUUUCUAGGAUGAAAUCGUGGAAAUGGCCCUUAGGGAUAUGGGUCUUAUUUGAGGCUCUCUGUAACAUUGCUCUCGAAGGCUCUCAAACCCACUUGACAUGACAUGCGGAUGAUAUUAUUACCAUGAAACUUUGAACAAUUUACAUUUCUAAGUGUCAUCGAGGAUAUUAACAUUAGGGACAAGAAGUAAAAGAGUGUGCAAUUACUUACAUUAAGGGAAUGGAGCAUUUAGUGAGGUGGUCAGGCUUAGUUCUCACAGCCACUGUGGUGCAUGCAGUCAGCAAACAAACAAGGUAGUGUAUAUCUUUACGCCCAGCCAGAGGUUCCUUUAGCGCUAAAACAUCAUGUGUGACGGCUUACAAGGAGACACACCAUAGCUCUUACCUGUCCAAGGCAGGGAGAGGUGUCCAGGCAGCUUGUCCCUUCACACAUCCUCUCUCCAGUCUGGUAGAAGCUUCAACUUUAACCUUUUCUCCAUUUAUGUGAGAAUAUUUAUGCUUUAGAUCACCUUAAAUCUUAAAACAACAACAAUAUCUUCAGCCAUGGCUUUGGACAGAGGCUGUGGCAUGCUGCCUGGCUGUGCCUCUGGUGGUGCCCGGUGCACAGGUUCCGUCACCUCCACGAGGGUGAAAUACUUUAGUUUUUGUUGACUGUACAUAUUCUCUUAGAUCAUCUACCUUCAACACCUGGGCAGCGAGGGGAAGGUGGGACUGACGGCCUCGGUCCCACCUCCCUUGCUGCCCUCCCUCUUAGACUCUGGGCUUGGAGAGUAGUGUACAGUAGUGGUGGCGGGCACGGGGCCAGCCAUGCCCCCAGGGUCUCUCCCAUGUAAGGUAGUGAGCCAGCAUGUGCUGGUGGUGGUACAACUGCUGAAAUAAACCUAAUUUGCA